AUGCCGUCAGCCAAGCUGGAGGGGAGUUAUGAUAACUCCGUCGGCCGGCGGAAGUUGCAAGACGGAGACUUUUGCUCAAUCCCAUUAUUAUUCCCGCAUAAAGAUCGUCACGAUGGGUGUUCCGCAUUCGGCUCUGCGUAUGAACCCCAGCCCAUCCCCGUGCGUGAUCUGGUAGUUCCGCCCUUUCACGCGUAUGUAGUGAUCUCGAUCCUACUCUGGAAUCAAACCCAGGUGUCAUCGAUGGGCCAUGAACCACCCCCCGGGGAAACCGGCCAUGUCUCGGUUUUGAGAAUGUGGUUGCUCAGCGCCUGUGCUGGCUCUCCGAUUCUCUCUACCUGCAACACUGCAAUAAUAGUGCCCGUGAUAUUCCCAGCCAAGAAGAGCCUGGCCGCAAGUGACUGA